GGUGACCAGUCUCUACACGAUUUUCACCAGUUCCGGCAAUCCUAUCUUACCCAGAGUCUGGGAGAGAAAGAACGAGAUAGCGAUGCCGAGGCCCGUACGCACCGAACCGAGCUAAUGAUUAUUACCCAAACCUUUCUCAAAGAUCUCAUCAACGCGCUUGUCAACAAAUCGGAGACCAUUAAUUAAUUAAACUACAAGCGAAGCUAGAACAUGCGAGUAUUCUCCCAGCUAGACCCGGAAGACGCAAGAUCCUACGGUACGCGGUACACCGCGUCCCUAAACCAGGUCGAUUUUAUGAGGAAUCGAUUCAUUACGGCCAAGCGCAAGAACAGCAGUCUUAUGAACAAAGUGCUCCUGGAACUGCACUACACUCAAACCAACGCCUCGCGCUCUGAAGCGCAUUUGAAUCAGACGGUACGACAUUAUCUCUCCCUCCAGGAUAUGGAGUACCUCAAGCGGCUGACGGAUCGUGAGCUGAGGCUAAUGAAUGUCAAGCGAAACGAGAUUAGCGACACUCGUCUCGUCCUCAUUACCAUGAAGCACACUUUGGGUCGUUUAACCGAAAAAAUCAAUCAGUUGGAACGUGUGGGCGAUGAUCUGUACAUAAACGACUUCAUAUCCAUUCAGAAUCAGGUUAUUACUUCGGAUAAGAAGAUCGAGGAACGAAAUAUUGAACUGAAGAAGCUCCGUUGCAAGUACCAUGUGGACCUGCAUGUGAUUCAGCACAACCGAGAGAAGGCGCUGGCUCUUUCCCAUAAGCUUCAGCUCUGUAAGGCCUCCCUAGAAAAGCUUUUGGACACGCAGCACGCGAAGAGAGAGGAUCUUUAUCGUGCGAAGAUGGACCGCACAAGGCUCCGCAAACAGCAGAAGGAAAUGUCGUACCAGGGCGGCGUCCUGUCGAUGCCCUCCCUGAUGUACGAAUACGAUAACACAGUGAACGGGCUGCUGGUGAAGCGAACCAGCGUCUUCAAGCUAAGGGAGACCCUGAAGAACCUCAAUCGUCGCAUACAAGAGUAUGAAUCGAUCUCCAUCUAGGAAUAUUCGACCAAAUUGUGCUGCACAAUAAAGAUAGAAACUCCUUGCUA